GGGGACACGCAUGCUCUGCCUCUCCCGUGCCUACGGGCUGUGCCAUCCUAGAGCACACGUUCCUCAGGGCAGGGGCUCUGGCAGGUAGCGGGCACUUCCUCAAUGCAGUACGCGGCCGACCCCGAGGACAAGCACUGGCUGGCGGAGCAUCAGCACAUGAGGGCCACCGGGGGCAAGAUGGCCUAUCUGCUGCUGGAGGAGGAUAUUCGGGACCUGGCUGCCAGCAGCGAUUACAGGGGCUCGGUGGAGCUGAAGCUGGAGGAGCUGAAGCCGUUCAUCCCCCCGGCCUGGAUGACGGAGAAGAUGCAGAAGCAUAUGGAGACGCUGCGCAACGAGGGCGACGCGCCCGCGGACGGAGCCCACGAGGCCUGAGCAGCCGCGUGCGCUCGCACCCAUGGACUCACUGCUUCCCGGUGCCCCCCGAGCCCUGGCAGCGCCCGCGGCCCGCGCCAGGGGCAAAUUGCAAUAAAGGCUGGAACUGCUGCACUCGCGCGCGGCGUCUGCAGGGGCGGGGGGGACCGCGUCGUCCGGCCCGCUGGCCCUUUAAGAGCGCCCCCUCUCCCCCCCCACAAGCCGGAAGACUGUCGUCACCUCCGGGCGGCCAAUGGCGAGCCCCUGACGUCUCCCCGCCUGCCGCGAGCCGCGAUUGGCCGGCUCGAGCCGCUGGCGCCGUGGAUAGGCCGGCGCCUGCCGGUUGGCCCCAUUCAAACGCUGCGCGGGCGCGAGCGACGGCGGCCGGCAGCGCUCAGUCCGCCAUGGCUUCGCAGAACGCCGACCCCGCCGCGCCGGCCGCACGCAAGGGCCCCGAGCCCGGCGCCGGCCCCGCCCGCGGAUCCGUCGGCAAGAGGCUGCAGCACGAGCUCAUGACGCUGAUGAUGUCGGGGGACAAGGGCAUCUCGGCCUUCCCCGAGUCCGACAACCUGUUCAAGUGGAUCGGCACCAUCGACGGCGCGGCCGGCACGGCCUACGAGGGGCUGCGCUACCGCCUGUCCCUGGAGUUCCCCAGCGGCUACCCCUACAACGCGCCGGCCGUGCGGUUCCUGACGCCCUGCUACCACCCCAACGUGGACGCGCAGGGCAACAUCUGCCUCGACAUCCUCAAGGACAAGUGGUCGGCGCUGUACGACGUGCGCACCAUCCUGCUCUCCAUCCAGAGCCUGCUGGCAGAGCCCAACGUGGACAGCCCCCUGAACACGCACGCCGCCGAGCUCUGGAAGAACCAAGCAGCCUUCCAGAAGCACCUGCGGGAAGCGUACGCCAAGCAGGCGAAGAGCCAGGAGACCUGACGCCCGUCGCCCGCCCGCCCCCUCGCCGCCCGCCCCUGCGUGUGUCCGGGUCCGUCCCCUGUAUCAUAGGCUGUCGUUAAGUUAAUUCUGCCGUCGCGCCCACGGUUAACGUAUAAAUAAACGCACGUGUUUUUA